CAUCAGUUCAUUGAAGUUGUGUGACUCACGAGGUCACGUGACUGUAGAUGCGCAGAAGCAUCCAAAACGUGGCUUACAUCGUUCGUGUCACUGUAGGUACAGGUCAUUAAGGAAAGUUUAUGUGACAUUAUUCUGAAUGUGCAUGGGCCGAGUGAAAGUAAAUUGUGUUUAUACAAAGGACAACUUAUAUAGAGAACUAGAGCAUGCAAGUGGUCAUUUCGGGAAUAUCUACGACAAGACGUCGGAGGCGGUUCAGGCUCUGGGAUUGGACUCGGAAUGCAUUGGUGGAGGUCGUAUCAAACACGACGCAGCCGCUAAGAAGAUUCUGGUGUACGGAUAUUCACAGGGAUUUGGCAAGGCUGACCAUGAAGUGACGGUGAGUCUGCUGAAGAAGAAGUACACUGACUAUAACAUCUCCUGGAGCGAUGCAGGCUACUGAAGUGGACUCGUUAUCCUGGUUCUGCCCCCAGCAUUUCAAUUUACCCGUCUCUUUAUCAGUUUGAAAAUUGCUACUUUUGGUCUUCAUGUUGUAUUCAGUUAUUUUAAUUUGAUUUACAGCUUGUCACAAAACUUGUCAAAUCACCAAACGUUCAACUAUUCUAAUUUGUUCUCAGCAUCAAAUUAACAACAUAAUUUAAUUCUCUGGACUGUUAUGUUUGUGUUUGUGUUUUCAUUACUGUCAAUGUACAUGUGGGCGAGACAUCACUAUAAAUAAAUUAUUCUUCGAAUUAUA